UAAUUCGGAACAGCUCCUACGAGGCGUCCGCAUCCAGAGACCUCGUGGAAGCCGAUCACGACUGCGACGCGAGCUGGCGAGGAGGAGCGCUCGUCGGUGCGUGUCGGCGGUGGCGACGGCGACGGCAGCAGCGGCGGCGGCGGCGCGUGCUGCGAGGACGAGGUGAAUGCACGGCGGCCGCGGUGUGUGCCAGUGGUGUGCGCGCUCGUCGCUCGUGGAAACCCGCCAAAACCCGCGGCCGCGAAUAACCACCACCACCACCACCACUACCACUAUCAUCACCAGCAUCAUCAACAUCGUUACCGUCAACAAUAGCAGCAAUAGCAACAACAAAAACAACGACAUUGACAACGUCGGCGGGAGCCUCUCGGGUGACAACGGUGGUAUCGUGGAUAAUAGCUACAAAAAUCCCGUGACGGGCAGCAACAACAAAAACAUCAGCAGCAACGGCAGCCGUCGCGUUGCUUGUGCACAACAACGACGACGACGACGACGUUGUUAUUGUUAUUAUUGUCGUCGUGCCUUGCCGAGUGCGGCGUUGUCCCGGCGUGUCGGGGCGUCGCGCCAUUCUUCACGCGACGCCGCCGCCGGUCACGGCUGGUCUCGGGCAACGGUGGAGCGAAAGUAGAAAGAGGAAGGUCGUCGCGCUCGUGUGACGGCGACGAGGCAACGGCUACAACGACAACGGCGGCGGCGGCAGCUACUGCACAGCACACGCGCUGUCGUUGGCGACAGCGGCGUCGGCGGCUGCGUUCUGUUAUUAUUUUGCCGCGGUGCUUUUGACCCUUCGUGCCGGGCGAGUUCAUUGCGGCGCUGUCGCGGGGGUGUCAGCCGGUAGUACGUCCACAUCGCGCUCUGCAUCGCGUAUCCUCCUCUUCCUCCGCUACCUCUUUCUCCUCCACCUCCUCCUCCUCCUUUUCCUCCGUCCGUCUGGCGGCAGCAGCGCCGGCGUCGACGAAACGGGCGCCUCGUGAUCGUCAAGCGCGAAAACGGGAGCGACGGAUCGGGGCGCGUCCCUAAGGCGACCGUCGUCGGUCCCGCGGGGUCCGAGGGCCCCCCCUGUCGUUGUGAAUCGGGCUGCGAGUCACGAAGAUAGGAAGACGCAUCAUCGGCGACAAACAAGAAGAGCUCACGCACGCGAGAAUACCACGUGAUAGUCGUCGCGACGGCGGAACGAGCGAACGACCAACAGCAACAGCAGCAGUAGUGACAGUCAGUCAGUCAGUAGCUCGUCGGGCUGCAUGUGGCAUCACGCGGUGACGCCGAUGAUCAUAACCUAAAAGAGAACCGGUACGACAUCCGUACGCGUCGGAUACUUGUGUGGAGAAACCGUAUCGACGUUCGUGAAGACACGGCAGCACGCGUUCUCAUCUGUCAGUGUGUAUCAUCUCUCUUGUUUUCUCUUCCACACGCGCGCGCGCGCGCGCGUACGCACGUACGUUCAGUGCUCGCGCAAACGAAAACAAACGGAUCUUCGAACGCAGGACUCCGGAAUUAAUAUAUCACCUCACCGUCUGAUUCGGUGGCGCGCUCGCACGUCCCUGUUUUGGGAUACAGAACUGUCAGCCGUACAUCGGUCGGAUCGUGGAUCGCGUUGUAACGAAGCGCGAAGGAAGAGGAGAAGAAAGAAGAACAGGAA